UCUCUCUUUUGACACGAUUGGUCUCUGUGCCUUAACGAAAGUUGUCCGUUUCUGUUUUUUUCGUUUGAGGAUUUGGACUGCAAGCGAGGUGGAUUUAUAUUUAUUUUGUCUUACGGUAUCACGUUUUCAGUUUAGUUUAGCCUAGUAAUUAUUUGACAAUAACUUGUCCCGAUACAUAAUAGACAUUACGAAACAACCUCCAUUUUGAAAUGCUAAAGAGUCGGUACAAAGUGUAGGCUACUAUCAGAGCGAUUGUUCAUGAACAUAUACGUGAAGGACAACACUCAAAUGCAAAUAAUAAGCCUGCAAUACAUACUUGUACAUAAAUGGAUUGAGAUGUGGUUUCAAUGCAUUUAUUUGAUUCUGUUCAAAACUAAAUGUUUCUUACUAGAACUCACGACGCUAUGAAUGGCUUCUUUGGCAGACUCUGCUCCAUUGGAACCUGAGCUCAGCCCUCUGGUCAAGCCAGGACAGUGUUACAAAGACAGUUUCCUCUAUCAUCUACUUUGUCUUUCAAGUUGAUUCUUUUUUAUUUGCUUACAUAGAAUAUUUGUAUUGCAUUCAUUAUUUCAGAUUUUCUACACAAUACAACUCUUCUGGGACCAAUUGUUUUAAUUGUGUUUUGAUCUGUGGGACCCAAACAUGCUCCAGCCACUGAGGAUUCUCUUCAGACCCAAGUGGAUGGUCUCACGGUCCUCUGCCAGCUAUGUGUCCAGGAUGAGGUCAGUUCAGUUCACUGUCAGAUAUACCCACCCAUUUAAUAAACAUACUGCAAGUUAGAUAACGGUUGAAUGGGAUUGCAUUCAUGCUAAAGUUAUAGCAUGUCUGAUUUAGGCACUUGAAUAAGAUAAAGGAGGAGGAUGAGGCGUGUCGAGCAGCAUUGCAGUCUGGGAAUAUUUUCCUUUAUCACAAACUGGCUCCUCUACUGCGGCGGACUGACAGUGGAAUAUACCAGCUCCCAGCUCUCCAGACCAAAGGUAUUUUAUGGCCAGAUGAACAGUGCCAUGGAAGCUAGGAUUGAGACAAAGACUGUAUAUAACAAAGACAGCCUCCUCUCACUACAGAAUCCCUAAAUUGAGAGUGACAUUAUUGUAAUGACAUAAUAGAAAUGGGCAUUUCUUGACAGGAACAACUUUCAACAGAGAUUUACCUGCAUAUAGCAACACAAACAUGUAGUAUGCUGAAAUGGAAAUAUGUUUGUGCCUCUCAGAUGUAGAAGGGAUUCUGGAAAAGCUUGGAGAGGACAAGGAGAUGGUGAAGGAAUCCAUUCUCAUCAACUGCACUGAACAGAACAAAGCACAGUUCUCCUUUGAUGUUGGUACGAGAACAUCCAGACAUGUAAUACAUGACUUCAUGGCGUCAUAGUUAGUUGGUACAGAAAGUUCCCAUCUGGAAUAAUAAUCAAUCUCAUUCUCCACCUACAGUACAUUGUCUUCUGUGUCUCUUGGGCAGAGGACAGGUUGACUGACUGUCUCUCUGUGCUGUAGGGGCGAUAGAGCAGACUGCUGUGGAGGAGCUGUGUAGAGGAACCUUCGUAGACCUGAGGAAAGCCUUCUUCCUACUGAGAGGGUCUGAGGCACCGCUUGUAGCCAGAGUGGGUAUUGGAGUCAAGUCUCUCCAAUCUAGUGUCUCUCUGUGUUUGCUCUUAUACCUGGGUGUGUGUUUUGGUCGUUAGGGGCAGGCUCUCCUUCGCUGGCACCAGACCAAUGGCUUCUGCAGCUUCAGUGGGCAGCCCACCCAUAGGAACCAGUCUGGCAGUCAGCGUGUGUGUCACAGCAGUGGGAUCACUUAUUACCCUAAGGUAAGAAACUGGGCUUAUCUAGCAGAUUUAAAAGGUCAAUCAGCUAUUUAACAGCUCUCAUAUCACAUUGGAUUUUCAUCAUGAAAUAAAGUAGUUAUUACAUUUCCCUAAGAGAAAAGUAGUUCUGUAGUCUCUUUUGUUUUUCUACAGAUGUCUCCGGUGGUGAUCGUAUUGGUGUCUGAUGGGAAACGGUGUUUGCUGGGGAGGCAGUCCACCUUCCCACGGGGGAUGUACAGUGCACUGGCAGGCUUCUGUGACAUAGGUGAGUCUCAUGCCGCACAUUUUAAACCAAUGAGGCAUGUGUAUUGACUAUUUAUAACAUGUCUAUUACAUAGGCUACAUCCAGUCCUAAUAUGCUACCCAGGUGUAAACAGCCUGAGAAAGGCCUCCCGAGUGGCGCAGCGGUCUAAGGCACUGCAUCGCAGUGCUUGAGGCGUCACUACAGGCGGCGCACAAUUGGCCCAGCGUCGUCCGGGUUAGGGGAGGGUUUGGCCGGUCGGGAUUUCCUUGUCCCAUUACGCUCUAGCGACUCCUUGUGGCGGGCCGGGUGCCUGCACGCUGACUUUGGUCGCCAGCUGGACGGUGUUUCCUCCGACACAUUGGUGCGGCUGGCUUCCGGGUUAAGCGAGCAGUGUGUCAAGAAGCAGUGCGGCUUGGCAGGGUCGUGUUUCGGACGCAUGGCUCUCGACCUUCGCCUCUCCCGAGUCCGUAGGGGAGUUGCAGCGAUGGGACAAGACUGUAACUACCAAUUGGCUAUCAAGAAAAAGGGGUAAAAAGUACAACAAAACCCCCCCCCAAAAAAAAAAUAAACAGCCUGAGAGAUGUAACUCACUUAUCCAUAACUGUACUCGUUAAGACUAAUAUAUUACUGUUAGCAUAAGCACUGGUAUAGGCUCCUGAAUGUGUCAACAGGUGAGACCAUGGAGGAGGCGCUCCGCAGGGAGAUAGCUGAGGAGGUGGGGCUGGAGGUAGAGUCUAUCCAGUACUCAGGCUCUCAGCACUGGCCCUUCCCACAGAGCUCCUUCAUGGUGGCCUGUCACGCCACCGUCAACCCAGACAAGACACAGGUCAGUCAGUGGCUGCCUCACUAUCCUAACGCUCUCUGUGUUCAUACAUUCAUUUGGCUUGAGUGUGAGCAAGACAUCCAGACAAAGCUUUAUCCACAGGGCUGGACUAACCAAAUCUGGAGCCCUGGUCAAAAACAUUUUUGGGGCCUAUUUCUGGGUGGCAGAGAGAACAUUUUGCAGUUCUAAAGCUAAUUUCCUGCAAUUCUACACAUUUUGCAAUGGGGCAGAGAUAAAGUGUUGCCGUUUUAAAGCUAAUUUUCUGCAAUUCUACACAUUUUGCCAUGGUUAAUGCGGGUUCAUAUGCUAUGAGUGACUGAAACAUAACAAAAUCAGGUUGGUAAUCCAGCCCUCCUUAUCCAUGGUUGUACAUUUAGUGUCCAAGAACUGCCAGAUCACUACAUUUGUUUUGUUAAAUUGUUUUUUUGUUCAUUUUAUUUUUAAAGCGACUUUGAGAUUCUACUUGUAAUGAAAAGCGCUAUAUAAAGUAAAUAUAUUAUUUUUACAUUACAUUUUCCCCAUGCCAAUACAGUGUAUAUUGAAAUAAAUACUAUAGGUUGAAAACUGAAUUAAUUGUACGUUGCUGAUCUGAACUGCAUUGCCUAACAGGUCAGUGUGGAUAAGGUGGAGUUAGAGGAUGCACGGUGGUUCAGCCUAGAGGAAGUCCAAGAGGCUCUGACGUUCAAGGCGCCACCACGGAACAACAAAGGAGAGCCCACUGUGUUCUGGGUCCCACCAAGCUACGCCAUAGCUAACCGGCUGAUCCAGGAAUGGGCCAAUCAACAACACCUCAAAUCAUAGCAAGAUGGGUGGACAACAGACAGCAUCAAAGCUGCAAAUACAACACACAGAUGAUUUUAAAAGACCAGGCAGGAACACUGUAGUUUUAAGUGCUUGGUAACACACACAGACGGGAAUGAAACAUACAGGUCCUCAACAGACACUGGAGGGGAACAGUGACAGGAAAUACAUCUCAUUUGAGGAUAAAAGUGUGUGACCGGGACAUUCUUGACCAGUGUUUCAAUAAAUAAUAAAAUACCAUUAACGGGCUUGGCUUAUAGCUAACAUUUGUCAUUGUUAUUCAAGAUUACAAUAUGUAAAGCACAUUUUUGCAUACAUUUAAUUGUUUGAUCACUAGGCCUUUAACUGAUGAUUUUGUUUCAAUAUUGUAACUACCUCCACAGUAUUGCAAUGAUUCUCAAAAUGAUUUACAAAGAGAAUGGUUAUAAGUGUAUUGUAAGUACUGUAAUAUCAUACUUGGUGUAUGUACAGAUAUCAACUAAAUGAAUAAAACCAUAAAGCCUAAAUUGAUAUUUUUUAAGCCUGAUCUCUGCCUGCUGUUGCCACCAAGAGAGACUGAAAGUUUUAUACGCUUUCAUUUUUUAUUGACUAAAAACCAAAUACAUUUAAGAGCAAUGUGGAAAAUAAAACAAUCCUUAAGGGCUACACAUAAAACCCAUCGGCAACAUUACAUCACAAUGUCUUGAUAAUGUGUUGUUGCUACAUAACCACUUGAACCAUCUAGGCAACUAGUCACAGAGGCUAGUAUGAUACAACUUUCCGUUAUAGAGUUUUUUUUCUUCUCCAUUUCAUCUUGAAAAUAUAAAUUUGAAUUGUUUCAUAGUGACCCCC